ACUAAAUGACUGAAGCUAGCCUCUGCCCAACCUGCCCCGUGGCGGAUCGCCACUGUAUAGGCCUGUAAAAAAUUAUAGCGUUUGUGUAUCUGGAACGCACCCAAUCUUUUGGGGGAAGAUUCGCGUAUUCUCGCGAUAUUUAUUUAUACUGACGUGGUACGCAGCUCAGGGCAAAGAGAAAGCGAGCGCGCAGUUAUUUCUGUACAUCAGUGGUUUUCCGCUAUCUUGACUGGUGUGUGGUGUGAUAAGGGGAUAAAGCGGAAGGAAUAUGGUUCCAUCUCACGUCCCUCCGGCUGCAGCGCUGUCAUAACGGAGUUGUCGUGCUGGCGGCUGGGGCUUGUACUCGGUCCACGGAAUAACCAGGAUUCCUGCCUUUCCCGUUUAACACGGUAGUCCCUGCAGCAGUAGCUGAGCGUCACGGGAACAGAUGGUGGAGGCGGUGGUAGAGUUUGACUAUGAGGCUCAACAGGAGGAUGAGUUGAGUCUGCGUGUCGGUGACAUCAUCAUUAAGGUAACCAAGGAUGACGGAGGGUGGUGGAAAGGAGAGAUAGACGGACGGAGGGGGCUGUUCCCAGACAACUUUGUCAGAGAGAUGAAGAAGGAGGUGAAGAGAGCGGCGGGUCCUAAAUCUGAUUUGUCCAAUGGCAGUACAAGCCCUGUACCUGAGCCUGACCUACGACCAGCCAGGAAAGGAGAUCAGACCCACCAGAGGAGGUGUAAGGCUUCCUUCAGCUAUGUUCCCCAGAACGAGGAUGAGUUAGAGCUGAAGAUAGGAGAUGUCAUCCACAUACUGGGGGAGGUGGAGGAGGGCUGGUGGCAGGGCAGUCUGAACGGUAAGACAGGGAUGUUUCCCUCCAACUUCACCAGAGAGCUGGAGGACACGGCCCCUUCACUAGACACAUCCACUAGGUCAUCACAAGAGGAGCUACGCAGCAACAAGACCAGUAAAGACAGUCCAGGCAGCGAGAGUGACGGAGGAGAGAUUCAACCCAAGAAGGUUCGAGGGUUUGGGUUCGGUGACAUCUUUAAAGACCAGCCCAUCAGACUGAGACCUGCAUCUGGAGACAUGGACACAGAGGGAGAGAAGACACAGGUUAGGAAAUCACCCUCUGUUUCCCUGGAAACCAUGAAGGCAGAACCUGAACGCAUGGUGAAAGGCCGUGAGCUGUGUAAGGUCAUCUUCCCGUACGACGCCCAUAACGAAGAUGAGCUGUCAAUGAAAGAGGGAGAGAUUGUCACCAUAAUCAACAGGGACUGUGCUGACACGGGGUGGUGGAUGGGGGAGAUAGGGGGGAGAAAGGGAGUCUUCCCUGAUAACUUUGUCAAACUGUUGAUUCCUGAUGUAGAGAAAGAGAGACCAAAGAAGCCGCCUCCCCCCAGCAUCCCUUCGGGUAAACACACCACAGGUAUACCUCCAUCUCCUCUCUCCACAGGUAAUCCCCCAUCUCCUCUCUCCACAGGUAAUCCUCCAUCUCCUCUCUCCACAGGUAAUCCUCCAUCUCCUCUCUCCACAGGUAAUCCCCCAUCUCCUCUCUCCACAGGUAAUCCUCCAUCUCCUCUCUCCACAGGUAAUCCCCCAUCUCCUCUCUCCACAGGUAAUCCCCCAUCUCCUCUCUCCACAGGUAAUCCUCCAUCUCCUCUCUCCACAGGUAAUCCCCCAUCUCCUCUCUCCACAGGUAAUCCCCCAUCUCCUCUCAACACAGGUAAUCCUCCAUCUCCUCUCUCCACAGGUAAUCCCCCAUCUCCUCUCUCCACAGGUAAUCCUCCAUCUCCUCUCUCCACAGGUAAUCCUCCAUCUCCUCUCUCCACAGGUAAUCCCCCAUCUCCUCUCUCCACAGGUAAUCCUCCAUCUCCUCUCUCCACAGGUAAUCCCCCAUCUCCUCUCUCCACAGGUAAUCCUCCAUCUCCUCUCUCCACAGGUAAUCCUCCAUCUCCUCUCUCCACAGGUAAUCCCCCAUCUCCUCUCUCCACAGGUAAUCCUCCAUCUCCUCUCUCCACAGGUAAUCCCCCAUCUCCUCUCUCCACAGGUAAUCCCCCAUCUCCUCUCUCCACAGGUAAUCCUCCAUCUCCUCUCUCCACAGGUAAUCCCCCAUCUCCUCUCUCCACAGGUAAUCCCCCAUCUCCUCUCUCCACAGGUAAUCCUCCAUCUCCUCUCUCCACAGGUAAUCCCCCAUCUCCUCUCUCCACAGGUAAUCCCCCAUCUCCUCUCUCCACAGGUAAUCCUCCAUCUCCUCUCUCCACAGGUAAUCCCCCAUCUCCUCUCUCCACAGGUAAUCCCCCAUCUCCUCUCUCCACAGGUAAUCCCCCAUCUCCUCUCUCCACAGGUAAUCCCCCAUCUCCUCUCUCCACAGGUAAUCCCCCAUCUCCUCUCUCCACAGGUAAUCCCCCAUCUCCUCUCUCCACAGGUAAUCCCCCAUCUCCUCUCUCCACAGGUAAUCCUCCAUCUCCUCUCUCCACAGAUAAAAGGUCAGAGGUCAGGAAGGUACCCCCGGAGCGCCCAGAGCACAUGCCUCACAGACCAGCUGACGACAACAAAGGUGAGGAGGUGAAGGUUGGAGAGAUCCCUAAGCCUGCCCUUCCGUCCAUCCCUCCAAAAAAGCCCCACCCACCAAAGACAAGCUCCUCCCACCUCCCUUCCCGAGGCCCAGACAGACCUGAGAGACCUCCUUCUGUACCGUGUGAGAGCCCUAAGUCUGAGGGUGGGGCUGUGACUCCAGAUCCUGCCUCUGACAUGUCAAAAGACAUUGAUCUGGUUUAUUUGGACUCGCUGUUCUUGUCUAGAGAGAAACUAAGCCAUCCCACCGCAAUGCGACCAAGAGUCCUCAUCCGCAGACCACGCUCCUUGAUCAUCAGCACAUCUUCUCUGUCCAGUAUUGACCUGCUGGACUCUCCUGCGGUAGAGGAGCAGAGAAGGGGGAAGGACAGAGAAAAGGAGGAGCUGCAGGACUCCUUGUGUCCUAGAACAGUAGAUGUCUCUCAGAGGAAAGCACUUCCCACCAUCAAUGUACCUGACAGUAAGGGUGUGCUGCCACCCAAGCCUGCUGUCCUUCACCCACCGUCAACACAAGGCAUAGCCCUCCGCCCUAUAAGCCCCUCCCCUUCAUACGCAAAACCCACCUCUUCAUGUAUAAGCCCCUCCCCUGAGCCCAGGCCGACACCCACCCUGGAGGAGCUAAGGGGACAACUGAGAGAGCUGAGAGCCUCUGUAGAACUGCUGAAGAGCCAACACAGGCAGGAGAUGAAGCAGUUGUCCAGUGACCUGGACGAGGAGAAGAGGUCCCGCCUUACUAUGCAGAUGGAGGUGGAGAAGAUUAAGAGGAGUUUAUUUAAAUGACUUUGCACCCUCCCCGGGGCAUAUUGAUGACGUCACCUCACGCUGGAGCCAGAGUGUGACAUCAUCCUGGGGCAGAGUUCAGACGAACUAGUUUGUGCCAGAAAUCAAUAUCAAUGACAGACGAUUCCAAUCCCCUCUUGUCUGUUUGUGUUGAAAAGGCUUGUUUAUUUUUUUGGUUUCCUGCUGUCUGAUUGGAGUGUUCUGGAUCAAGGGCGUAGCCUCACUAGUACUCUGUCUGACACCCCGCUACUCAAAAUACCUGGAACACUUUCACCUGCUGUUAGUGUGUGUGUGAGCAUACAAGGUUUCUAUGGCAACCCCGCACUGUGGCCUUCCUUCCUGUUUUAGAUGUCUUUCUUUCUGAUGACAUAAAGACAGUUUCUGGACUUCAUAUAUCCAGGAAAGUGAAACAGACUUUUAUAUUCCAGUGUUCUAAAGAUGAAGAUUAUGGAUGUGUGCCGAUUUUAAUCAAAUAAAAAGUUAUUCUGU